AAACCCCUGCCUCUUUGGAUCACACCACCGCGAGUGAGAGAAGCCCUCGAAACCCUAGAAACCCUAACCCGAAAUUUCUUUCAGAUCGAUCGGUGAUGGCUUCGAACCCUAGGGUUUUCUUCGACAUGGCAAUCGGCGGUGCCCCCGCCGGCCGGAUCGUGAUGGAGCUGUAUGCUGACGUGGUCCCCCGCACGGCGGAGAACUUCCGUGCCCUGUGCACCGGCGAGAAGGGCGUCGGGAGGUCCGGCAAGCCGCUGCACUACAAGGGGUCGACGUUCCACAGGGUGAUCCCGGGGUUCAUGUGCCAGGGCGGCGACUUCACCGCCGGGAACGGCACCGGCGGGGAGUCGAUCUACGGGGCGAAGUUCCAGGACGAGAACUUCAUCAAGAAGCACACGGGCUCCGGGGUGCUGUCGAUGGCGAACGCGGGGGCCAACACGAACGGCUCCCAGUUCUUCAUCUGCACCGCCACCACCUCGUGGCUCGACGGGAAGCACGUCGUCUUUGGGCAGGUGGUGGAGGGGUUGGACGUCGUCAGAUCCAUCGAGAAGGUUGGAUCCCAGAGCGGGAGGACCUCCAAGCCCGUCACCGUCGCGGACUGCGGCCAACUCGCUUAGAUCGAUCGAUCGAUCUUGCCCUAGAUCUCUCUCCCCCCCCCUCUUCCCUUCUGCUCAUCGUGCCGGUAGAAAUAAUCGCCUGAUCGGUUCGUCGUCGUUAAUUUCUCGUCGGAUCUCGUCUGAUGUCGUCUACUUAUCUUUGAUGUCUAGUGUGGGUUUGAUGGUGUCUUCUUCUUGGCCUGCCUUAUCUUAUUUAUCUCUGUUGUUAUGGUUUAUGGUGUCUGCUAGUGGGGGAAGAGAGCUACAUCUAUGAACUUUUUUACCAGAGUACCAGCAGUAAUAAAGUUAGCUUUUUUAACAAAA